CAUUAUUGGCCAAGACCAUGUGCACAACAAAUUAUACUUCAGAUUUCAAGUGUUCACAGCACACAGACAAAAGGAUGAGGGGUAAUGUGCACAGGUUUUUCCCAGCCAUUUAUUAUAGAAAAGAAACUGAUUUUAAAAGUUUAUUUGUACAGCACAUUUCAGCAACAAGGCAGUUCAAGGUGCCUUUACAAUAUAAAAACACAAAGGUGCAAAGUUUAAGGCAGAAAAAUAUGUUAAUGUGCUUUCCAUAGUGGUCACUAGUGAAGAGGCUUCAACCAUAGUGAGGCGGCAACAGGCAGCCAUGAAAAUGUCAAUGAGGAAAAACAUGACAUUUAUUUGCCUUAGUUUUGAAAUAUGAAGAUUUAACCUUAAGAGAAAAAAUCUCAAAUAAAAUUGCCAUUUCGUAUUGUGCUAAAAGUAAAUUACUUAAUAGUAUUUAGACACAAGACGACAAUACAGCGCAUAUUUCAUUUUCAACGAAAUGUUGGGUUCAUGCAGGUCCAGUUUUCAGAUCCGCUCCACUUUUCUUGAUUUUUAGCGACAGAAUUUAACAAAAGCACAAUACGAACAUCUAUGAUAAAACACCCUGAAUUAAUUCAAAUUAUUUUACUUUUAAAUGCACGUAAACGAUAUAAUAUAAAAUACUGGAUAACUUAUGUCCGAUUAAUUCCAAAUGGAACUGUAUUUUGUAAAGCUAUGGGGGACGAAUUUAAUGAACGUACCAUUGAAGGGUCACCUAUUUCCCCCCAAAGAUUUAAAUGAAAGCGAUCAUUUAGUAAAUUCAUGGCAUGUCGAGGAUUCAACAGUGCUUCCUGUUCGGCGAUUUUACAUUAUGAGGAGGAAGAUUUGUCUGGAACCCACGACAACACGGACAUUUCUGCGGUGGCUGUCUUCGUUUUCCUGUCGGCCUGGUCCGGAUGGUUCUUUAUGGCAAAACAAACAGCAACGAUCUCUGAAAAACAAGAUAAGAAACACAGGUGAAAGCAGGAGACAGCCAUGUCCAGCAGUCCUUGAUCAUUUUGACCAGCAGUACAGUGAAGAACUGGGAGACUUGUGGGCCUCUGCAAGAGCAGUGCUGCUGGACCCUCCGUCCUGGCAGUAUGGGGUCAUGUUAAACCGCUUCAGCUCCGUGACAGAUAUCACACAGAUUCUUCUGUCUCAGGGCUUUUCAUCACUGCUGCCACAAACGGACGUCUCGGAGCUGCUUCAUAACAAUGACUCCGCUGUGUCUAAUUCUCCACGUCAGGAAGGAAAAGACACUCUCUCACCUCAUUUCUCAAAACGCCCUCCUGAGGACGUUGGUCUCCUGCCCUACAUUACCUCUCAUGCAUUCAGUCAGGCCCGUCAGUCUGAGCGUCCACCCAAACUUCCUCCUUCCUCAUUACAGUGUUACAUCCACCCACACCCCCUGCAAUUUCCUUCCCAGGCCCACCGGCCGGGCCAGCUGAAGCAGUACUACCUCCUGAAUGCCGCCUCGCUUCUUCCAGUGCUGGCUUUGCAAGUGAGAGAUGGUGAUAAGGUCCUGGAUUUGUGCUCUGCCCCCGGAGGCAAAGCUGUCGCCAUAAUGCAAAGUGCAACUCCAGCUCUUCUCUGCUGUAAUGAGCCAGAUCCUCACAGACGGGACUGGCUGGCCAAAACCCUGGAGUCCUUCCUGCCUCCCUCCCUGCGCAGCAGAGUGAUGGUGUCUGCGCAGGACGGCCGCUUCGUCGGGGAAAGCGAAGCCGGUUUUUAUGACAAGGUUUUAGUUGAUGCUCCUUGUUCUAAUGACAGGAGCUGGCUGCAUUCUAGCGACAAACACCGGGGGCAAAAGAGACUAGAAGACAGAGCCGGGCUGCCGGAGCUACAGACUCGGCUUCUAAGGUCCGCUAUAUCUGCAGUGCGUCCGGGGGGUGUUGUCGUCUACUCAACCUGCACACUGUCGAGCUUGGAGAACGGCGCUGUGGUUGAGGCGGUGCUGAAAGACUUCCCUGAUGCUGAAGUUGAAAAUCUGUGGGAAGAGAUCGCUCUGCCUCUGUCAAAAUACUUUGCCGUUAUUUCACUCCCUGGUCAGAAACAGACAGAGCCCAAGCCGUCUCCGCGUCCGCCGAUUGGCUCUGCGUCCGCUUCUCAUCAUCAGCUCGGCAUUCUGGUGGUUCCCCAGCCCGGCAAGACCUGGGGGCCAAUGUUUUUGUCUCGAAUUAGAAAAAAAAGGAUACAGUCUGACCUCCAGAACGAAGAAGACAGGUGAAAUGCUAAAUUGAGUCCUGUAUCAAUUCCAGAACGUCUUUUAGCACAAACUAUGCAAAGAAGUUUAGACAUUCAGACGCGAGCUGUGCGUUGUAGUAACCUUUACGCUGUAAAUGUUACAUAAAGUUUUUAAGGUAAGGAACACUAUAGGUGCAGUCGGACGUUCAUCUGUCUGAGAGUGCUGUGUGAGAUUUUAGAUUUAAGCACCAAAUCAAAAGCAAACAUGACUCUAAUCUCUCAUUCUUACCUCCAGCAAUCUUCACCAGAGACACAUUUAUGUUUCCUGAAUUCUAAUAAUCAACGUUUAAGAUCAAGAUGCACCAAAUGAUCGUGUGACGGUAACAGAGUUGCUUUUACCCAUAAAACAGCAGAAAACUCAAAUUAAGGUUAUUAGGAUUGUUUUAGUUGUUAAAGCUCAACUGUUUGCCAUCCAGUCUGAACCUGGGCCAGACUGUUUUUGUUUGGAUCAAAAUGUUCUAUGUGAAGCAUUUGUUAUCCACCAGAAGCUGGAAGAGACCUCAGAAAUUUUGGAUUAUUUACAUCCAACAAGGAUCUACCACCCUUAGUCGGUUGUUUUACUCUGUAAAAAGAAAAAAACAUUUUUUUGCAAACUAUAUUGUUUUACUGGCAAAACAUUGUGGUUUUGUCAAAAUUCUUGACAAAAAGUAGAUAUCUAUAUGUUGAAAAGUCGUGGACAGUUAAAAGUAAGCCUUCUUCACACAAGGGUAUAUAUAGUUAGUAUUUUGUUGCUCCUUUUAAAGUAGAUUGAUUUUUUUUCUUUGAGUCUUGAAUUUCAUACACAAACAGAAAACCUUUUCUUUAAUUACAAUUGAGACAUGAGUUGUCCAGGAAGGAGUCUUGCUGUGCAUCAUUUUCUUUUUCCGUUUCUGCCAUAAAAAAAAAAAAAAAAAAUACAAUGCUCUUUUCAUGGUAGUAAGAUGUGAUUUCAGACACAGCUGAAUGUGAAGGAAAAAGACAUACUAGCCCCAUCCUGUGAUGAUUUAUCUUCAUGAAGGCGCUUUAUACUCGUUUCCUUUAUUUCCUGGUCUUCAGGAAUAUAUUCAGGAAUAUAAAUCUUCUGUGUGAAAAAAGUUCCAUUAGUUACAACAAUGUAACGUUAAUGUUUAUUCAUAGAGUCGCUGCAAAACCACUGACCGGCAUCCUCCCUCAGGAGUCAUUCCACAUAGUGGAAACCUAAAUAUCACCUCAGCAUUUCUAUGUAUUGUGACCUACGGAACAUCUUUAAGAGACAACAAGCUAUUUUUAUUGCAAAAACUGAAAAGUGGCAUAAAGACUGUCUCGCGAAGGUGCAAGUUUAAUAAGAUAAAUCAGUAUAAAUAGAAACGUCACAAAGAUGAUCUCCUUUUUUCUUGCUCUUGUCUGAAUGGACACAGGUUUUAAUUUUCCCUGUUGGUAAUCUUCCAUCUGCCAGGUCUGUUAUUAGACUGUACCUCCUCUCAGUGCAGCGGAGAGACGAUCGUAUCAUCUCCUGUGGGUUAUUAAGUUGAAGGACUGCACUUGAGUCAUGCUUGAGCAAAAAGUAGACACAGUUUCAUCGCGGCGUUGCAGCUUUUCAUUAGACUGUAAUUGCUCAGGUCUGAGGCAAAGGUGCAUUUAAGGUAAAUGCACGUAGUUCACAUCCUGAGCAUUUCAGGACUGAGAAAGUAUGCUGUCGCGGAGGUAGCGUUGUGCGGAAACCCUGUGCACUCAGAUAUAAAGGGCUGGUGUUUGAGAGCAAAUCCCCGUGAGACACAGUCGUAGAGAUGAUUGCUGAAAUAAGAAAGCUGCGAGAGCUUCAUAACAGCCUCAUCCACCGCUUCCUUUUGGUCAUAUAGACACAAGCAAUAUUUGCUGCACUUAUAUGGCUAUUUUUGUGGACUGCCCCAGUUUUUCUUUACUUUUCCAGUUUUUUUGUUGUUGUUUUUUUUACAUUGGAAAGCAACUCCUGUCUGAAACGGGAGCGCCAUCGCAACACCGAUUCAAAUUGGACGAGAUAUGGAGAUCAUGCGAAGCUUCAUUGGGGUUAACUAUGUUGCUGACCUUUGAGUGAACCCUGGUUUGUUGAUGGUGCCCAUAUUGCUGCGUUUCCUCAAGGGGAGAAUCUCUAAGCAGCUUUUCCUCCACUUCAAAGGCAGCGAAUGUAGGCCUGCUUUGCAUAAUCAGGUGGAGAGCUGCUUUUUGCCAGAGAGGCAGGAAUUAAUUUGUGGCACCACCAGAUGUAAUCAUUAAAACCUUAGUCAUUGACAAUAAAGGGAGAAGAAGAGGGAAAAUUAGAAAAGGAAUUGUAGAACAGUAAAUGGAGUUAGAAAGCAAUGCAGAGCACAGGAUGGUGCCGAAUGCCACAGGAAAGCAAAGCGGAAUAAUCUGAGCUCAGCUAGGAGUUUUUUUUUUUUAUCCAUUCUGGCAACAUUCUCUGCUUGGACAUGCUGGCAUGAAGUUAAUCCUUACUUCCCUCCUAACCAUUCACUACGUGCAUUUCAUCAUAUUGGUUGUGUAUAAAAAGUUGAAGUAGCGUUCAGACAACGGAUCAAAAUUUUAAGGUGCCACAUGUCAACAAAACUGAAAGCCCCUUGGUCAUCUGUUUCAACAUGACACUCACAGCCUCUGGGGGGGGGGAUCCUAUCGUCCAGUUUCACUGCGGCAUUAGCGUUUUUAAUAGCAGGGAGCUAUUUUUCAGAGAGAGAAAGAGAGAAAAAAAGGGAAAAUACACCCGAAGGGCAGUUUUGUUGGAUGUUUAAGAACAACCUUAUUUCUCCAUGGCAUAGAUUCAGUAAUACGUCUGAAAGAUUUCUCUAAGAGUUUAGUCCGUGUUGGCAGGGAUAGCAGUUGUUGCAGAUCCGUCGGGCUCUGCACGAUGCAAACUUCCCAUCUCACCGCAUCCCAAAGGUGCCCUGUUGGAUCCGGAUCUAGUGACAGUGGGUUUUGAACUUUCAAAAGGCAGUGGUGUAUCUAAUAAAGUGGCCACUUGGUGUACACUCACUAAUAUUGCUACUUUUAAUUCAAUAUCUGCGCAGCUGCAAUACAAUGCGAUGGGCUUGCUGUUUGUAAGAUUUUUUUUUACGGUGAAGCGUUUGACAUUGAAUGACACGCACAGCUAACAAGUGUGUUUAUAGAUCUAGUGCCUUUCGGGUUAUCCAUCGCUCAUUUCAAAAGCCAUCAUAUGUCAAUAUUCCAUCAGUGAAAAGGAGAGCACGACUGCUGCUGUUGAUUGAUUGCUACGCCACUUGUCUUGAAGGAAAAGGUAAGAAGGAACCCAUGCUGAGGAUAGUCAGACUGUUGGUUUUUUUUUCCAAUCUGCAAAUGAAAAAAACAACAAAAAAAACAUCAAUAAUCAGCCCUCAGUACUUUGAAAUUGAAGACACGACUGUGUAACGCCCAAACAAUUACAAAUCCAACAAAGGGAAAGGGUUUCAAUUUAAAGGUUCUGCACAUCAGAACUUAUCAAGUCAUCCUUACAUGACCCGUUGCUUAUGUGUAAUUCAGAUAAUCCACAGAUCAGAAUCGGUGUCAGGAUUUAUUGUCAGAGACUUGGUGGAUGGGAAGAAAACUGUCCUCCUUGUGUUUUUUUUUUUUUUUGGCCUGGAAUUGAAGCUCAUCGGAUCCCAUCAAUGUUAGCUCUGACAGACAACAGCAGAGGAAAGUUAAUGGUACAAACUAGAAAGAGUAUCUGAACCACCUUCAAGAUAAAAGAAAAGAACAGAAAUGCCUGCUUCUUUUAUCUCCCGUUUGUCAUGUACGGGAGGGGGGGGGGAAAGUGUUUUGUUGUCUCUGCUCAGGCCUUAAGUAGAAAGGGAGGUGAUCUAGCUUGAGCUUAUUCAUCCGCAGAAAAACACUGGAAGCUAAACUCACAUGAUCAUCGUCAGGAACUGCAAAACCAGUAGGACCCAAAUACUGUCUGUCUUUGGCUAUGACAAAAAAAAAGAACUUUGUUUUGUCAUUUAAUAUGUCAUUGUGUCUAAAUUGCCUGUCAAAGUCAACAAGUCAUUUAAGAAAUGUGUUGUCUGCCGGUCAUGUCACAUGAUCCAAGGUUCAGACCAACUGAAGCACACAGAGCAGAAAGAUGUUCACAGUGGUCUGUAAACUAGUGGCUUUGCUUGCUACUUAGCGCUUUCACUGCAAAUCAAACUAAAAAAGUCAGGAUUUCUUUUUCACGGAACGGUUUCAGCGAAAGGUAAAAUGUGGAAAGUAUGUAAAUGGAAAGCAGGUCUUUGGAUUUGUAAAUGUGAAGUUCCAGUUCACUGUAGCGGCAGGCUUGAAUAGUUUUCCACUGAUCGUGUUGCCAGUGCAACUAACCAUACUGCCUCACAUUGUGCUUUUUGAGCUUUGGACGGGAUUGUUGGGUCUUGUGGGUGUGGGAAUGAUUCUUAUGUACACUAAAAAAAUUUAUGUAAACUUCUUUUACAUACACUUUUUCUAAAAUUAGUUUAAGAGAUUGAAUCAUAUAUUUUUAACUGGGGAUUCUUGAGGUUUGAAUUUUUUGUAUUUUACAACAGUUGGUGAAGAAGUUGAAAUUAAAACAGGGAUUUUAUUUCAGGAUCAAGUCGCUUGAGGCCAAAAACAACAGGCUGGAGCUACUUUUACGUCUGUACUGGAUUAUGAUGAUGUUUUAUACAGGCAUGCUUCUCUUAAAUAUUUUCAUUUGGUGGAAACUGUUUGUCUGGAGCUUUAAGAUUUGUAACAGGUGUGAAGAUCGUACACAUCAUUGUACGACCAAAUUAGGUGGACGGCCUUGGCCAGCAGCAGCUGUAGACGCCAUUAUUGACAUUUUUUAUUAUUAGGUCUUUAUAAGGUCUUUCUUGGACUUUUUCCCUUUUAUUUGUUGGCAGACAUCAAUCAACUUAUUGCAAUUGGAGGAGGAGUGAAGGUGAUUUUCUUUUUGGGGUUUUGUUGUAUGGUUUUAAUUAAUAUUCAUGGCUCAAUCAUGUAAUUUUUAACAUUUCUUUUAAAGCAUUUUUUUAUUUAAUUUCUGUAAAUAAUGUUUCUAAGCCAAACCCUGACUGUAGAAGGCAUGUGGGUACUAGAUUGUCUAAUCCAACCCGUCUUUGUGUUUUUGAUAUUUUAUAAAACUUUGCUCACAAUUUCAAUUCCAAGGGGGAAAAAUGAAAUAAUAAUUUAAAAAAAAAGACAAUAAAUGACACAGCAAGUCUGA